GCGAGAGAGAAAGUUUUGCAUCAGGGCUGGCUGGAUCUAUUAGCACGGCGCUGGAAGAAGCCCAAGGGAGAGAGAGAGAGCAAGAGAGAGAGAGAGGUUGGUGCAAAGCUGCGAGCACGGAAUUCAGAUGUGUUCUAAGCCUGCUGGAGUGACCAUACUUCCAAGACCUGAUGGAGGCCAGAGCUCAGAGUGGCAGCGGGUCACAGCCUUUGCUGCAGGCACCCCGUGACGGAGGCAGGCAGCGUGGGGAGCCCGACCCCAGAGACGCUCUCAGCCAACAGGUACACGUCCUGUCUCUGGAUCAGAUCCGAGCCAUCCGGAACACCAAUGAGUACACCGAGGGGCCCACUGUGGUCCCCAGACCUGGGCUCAAGCCUGCACCUCGGCCCUCCACGCAGCACAAGCAUGAGAGACUCCAUGGGCUGCCUGAGCACCGCCAGCCCCCCAGGCUGCACUCUUCUGCAUCCCGGGCCCCCCUAUCCAGGUCCAUCAGCACGGUCAGCUCGGGGUCUCGGAGCAGUACACGGACCAGUACUAGCAGCAGUUCCUCUGAACAGAGACUGCUGGGACCCUCCUUCUCCCCAGGCCCUGCAGCCGAUGGAAUAAUCCGGGUGCAGCCGAAAUCGGAGCUCAAGCCAGGUGAACUGAAGCCGCUGAGCAAAGAAGAUUUGGGCCUGCACGCCUACAGGUGCGAGGACUGUGGCAAGUGCAAAUGCAAGGAGUGUACGUACCCCAGGCCUCUACCCUCUGACUGGAUCUGCGACAAGCAGUGCCUGUGCUCAGCCCAGAACGUGAUUGACUAUGGGACAUGUGUGUGCUGUGUGAAAGGCCUCUUCUAUCACUGUUCCACGGAUGACGAAGACAACUGUGCUGACAACCCCUGUUCCUGCAGCCAGUCUCACUGCUGCACGCGUUGGUCGGCCAUGGGCGUCAUGUCCCUCUUUUUGCCUUGUUUAUGGUGUUACCUGCCAGCCAAGGGUUGCCUUAAAUUGUGCCAGGGGUGUUAUGACCGCGUUAACAGGCCCGGAUGCCGUUGUAAAAAUUCAAACACAGUUUGCUGCAAAGUUCCCACUGUCCCACCCAGGAACUUUGAGAAACCAACAUAGCAUCAUUAUUAAUCAGGAAUAUGACAGUAAUAAGGAUCAUUCUUCUUCUUGCUUUUUGUUUUUGCUUUUAACACAUAUGCAACCAACUAAACAGUUAGAAUCUUGGCACUGUUAAAUAGAGGGUUGGGAUCUUUUCUGUUUGCAGUGAGAUGCUUUUUUGUCCAUGUGCCAUUUUAACUGAUACGCUUGUUAGAACUCAGCCCGUGGAGCUCAGAAGUUGUGGGACACAGAACUUGGCGCCCCAUUUGUUGCAUAAGCUAAAGUAACAGAUACUCAUAGGCAGUUGUUUUUUUCUUUUCUUUUUUUUUUUUUGUGAAUAGUUCUUGCAAAAUUUGUAAAUUAGCAAAUGACUUUUUUUUUUCAUUGUUUUCUCCAGAGAUAAUGUGCUAUAUUUUUGUAUAUACAAUAAUAUUUGCAACUGUGAAAAACAAGUUGUGCCAUGCUCUAUGGCACAGUCACAAAAUAUUAUACUAAUAUGUUGUACAUUCUUCCGAAUGUGAAUCAAUCAGUAUGUUUUUAGAUUGUAUUUUGCCUUACAGAAAGCCUUUAUUGUAAGACUCUGAUUUCCCUUUGGACUUCAUGUAUAUUGUACAGUUACAGUAAAAUUCAACCUUUAUUUUCUAAUUUUUUCAACAUAUUGUUUAGUGUAAAGAAUAUUUAUUUGAAGUUUUAUUAUUUUAUAAAAAAGAAUAUUUAUUUUAAGAGGCAUCUUACAAAUUUUGCCCCUUUUAUGAGGAUGUGAUAGUUGCUGCAAAUGAGGGGGUCCAGAUGCAUAUGUUCAAUAUAAAAUAGAAAAUAUAUUAACGUUUGAAAUUAAA